AUGGGGGGCGCCGUCGCGAGAGGAGCUCCGCGGCGCAGUCGCUGCUACCACAGGAUGGAGCCCUGGUGCAGGACACCCGCCCCCUCCCCCCACCAGGCCGUUCUCCUGCUGCAGCUGCUGCUGCUGCUGCUGCUGAGGCCCGCGGGUUGCGCAGACGCAGCCCCGGCGGCGCUGCCCUCCGCCGCUCCUGCUGCUCCUGGCGUCCCCUGUGCACCCGGCGCCACCUGUGUCUCGGGCGGCCCUCGCCUCCUCCAGCAGGCCCCUACCACCCAGUUGCCUACUUCUCCAGUCAACACCGACUCACCUCCGAUCUGCGGCAUCUCCCAUGAGCCGGACCCUACCCUCAGGAACCCAGAGGCCAUGGUUCGGCGAUGGCCGUGGAUGGUCAGUGUGCAGGCCAAUGGCACACAUACCUGCGCAGGAACCCUCAUUGCCUCCCGGUGGGUGCUGACCGUGGCCCACUGCCUGACCCAGCAUGGCGUUAUCUAUUCAGUGCGGGUGGGGAGCCCCUGGAUUGACCAGCCGGCUCAGACUGCCUCCGACGUCCCGGUGCGUCAGGUCAUUGUGAACAGCCGGUUCCGGUUCCGACGGUUGUGGUCCUGGAUCGGUCACACCGAUGACAUUGCGCUCCUGCAGCUUGAGCAGGCGGUCAGGUACAGCAAGUAUAUCUGGCCCAUCUGCCUGCCCGGCUUGGACUAUGUGUUGAAGGACGGCUCCCUCUGCACUGUGAUGGGCUGGGGACUCCCCAGGGUUAACGGUAAAUGGCCCCAGUCCCGGACCAUUCAGGAGAAGGAUGUCACCAUCCUGAACAGCAAGGAGUGUGACAGCUUCUACCACAAAUUCUCCAAAAUCCCCUCUGUGAUUCGGAUCAUCAACUCGCAGAUGAUUUGUGCGGAGGAUGCUGACAGGGAGCAGUUCUGCUAUGAGAUCAGUGGGGAGCCCUUGGCCUGUCUUGUGGAGAGCACAUGGUACCUGGUGGGAAUGGUGAGCUGGGGCCCAGGCUGCAGGGAGAACCAGGCCCCUCCCGUCUACGUACGGAUCACCUUCUACCAACACUGGAUCUGGGAGCGCAUCAGUGGGCAGGCUGUGCCAGCCCCAUCUGGGGCCCUGCUCCUGGCGCUGCCACUGCCCCUCAGCCUCCUUGCUGCCUUCUGACUCUCUGGCUGUGCCUGGGGGCGCCCUCCCUUGCCCAGGCUCCCCCUCACCCUCUGUGUUCAGAAUGCUACACAGGGCAGGGCAGAGACUAGGUGUUCAAUUAAAUACUUUUCUUCCCCAUGCCUGCUCCUUCCUGGG